GGGCUCUCGUCCAAUUUCGUGACAGCGAGCUAUUAUAUCAUCGCCUUCCACUUCCACUUCCACGCCCUCAGUCCUGCUCCUGCUCCCUCCCCGCAGCCUUCUUCCCCAACUCCGCCUUCUCUCAAGUCCUUCCUCCUCUUCUCUCCCGCCCGCGCUCUCUCCCCCUUCUCUCCGCCUCUGCUCAAUGGCGACGGCCCCCUCUGCUGCGACACCGCCGACCCCACCGCGCAAGUCGCACGCCCGUCCGUCCUACUUCUCGCUCGCCUCCGUCUCUGUCUCCGCCCACUCCGCCUCCGCUGCCAUCCAGACGCUCCCCAAUUGCGCAAACGCGGCCCCCGGCGAAUACUGCGAUCCCUCGCCCGCCCCCGACCGACUGAGGUCUCUGCUUGCGUCCGACCUCGCGGCUUCCACUAACGAUUACUCCCCGCCUCUCGCCACUUCCUCCUCGCGACCCAAUCCCCUCGCCGCUCUUCAGAUGCCUGCCGGCUCGACCUCCCCACUUUCCGAGUCUCCCUCAACCUCUCCCACGUCCACUGCCACCCCGAACACCACCACCGCCGCUCGCCCUAUCCCCGGCAGCUCGGCCGCCCAGCGCGACCUCUCAACCUCCUCAAUCACUUCCGAGUCCUCUUCCGAGUCCUCGGCCAACGACGAGGAGGCUGUCGAGGACUACUGCAAGGGCGGCUACCACCCCGUUGCAAUUGGCGAGACUUUCAAAAACGGUCGCUACACUAUCGUCCGAAAGCUAGGCUGGGGCCACUUUUCGACCGUCUGGCUUGCUCGCGACUCCUUCACAAACUGCCACGUUGCUCUCAAAGUAGUCCGUUCCGCCGCUCAUUACACAGAAACAGCACUCGACGAAAUCAAGCUAUUGGAGAAAAUUGUCUCGGCCAAUCCCAAUCAUCCUGGCCGUGCUCAUGUUGUUUCUUUGCUAGACUCGUUCGAGCACGUCGGUCCCAAUGGCACCCACGUUUGCAUGGUCUUCGAGGUCCUUGGUGAGAACCUCCUGGGCCUCAUUCGCCGCUUCCACCAUCAAGGCGUACCCCUUCCUCUCGUCAAACAAAUCACAAAGCAGGUCCUUCUUGGCCUCGACUAUAUGCAUCGGGAAUGCGGUAUCAUCCACACAGAUUUGAAGCCCGAGAAUGUCCUCAUAGAAAUCGGCGAUGUUGAGGAGAUUGUUCGGUUCGUCGAGCAAGAAGAAGCAAACAAGCGCAAAGAGCGCGAAGAAGAGCUGGCACGCCGCCGCCGGCACAAGAAGGCUGACGGUUCCAAGAUCGACAGAAUCGGCCGCCGGUCGCGAAGGCAGACACUAAUCACAGGAUCUCAGCCGCUGCCGUCGCCACUCGCUGUAUCCUUUACCGGAAGCUCAUACUUUGAUAGUCUGGUCAUGUCGCCGAUCGUUCCCCGCACAACCAACAACUCGUCCACAAACGGAGGAAGCAGUGUGGCGGCAUCUAGCGCCUCUUCGGUGACUGGCGGGGACACCGAAGCUGACCGGAAAGAGCGAGAAAAGUCGAUGGAGAUCGAAGAUAAGAUAUCGACAAUCUCAAUAUCGAAGAAAGAGUCUGGCAAGGGCCCAUCGUCGUCCUUGUCGGGCGAUAACUUGACUAAUAGCGUCUCGACCCCCAAAAUUGGCGAUCUGAUUUCAGUCAAGAUUGCCGAUCUAGGCAAUGCUUGCUGGGUCUCACAUCAUUUCACCAACGAUAUCCAGACACGCCAAUACCGUUCACCAGAGGUAAUUCUUGGCUCUCGCUGGGGCGCGAGCGCAGAUAUAUGGUCGAUGGCGUGCAUGAUCUUUGAGUUGAUCACCGGAGACUACCUCUUUGAUCCUCAGAAUGGAAGCAAGUAUUCCAAGGACGAUGACCACAUCGCACAGAUCAUUGAGCUUCUAGGAAGGUUCCCCCGUCAUCUUGCGAUGGGUGGGAAAUGGUCACUAGAGUUCUUCAACAGCAAGGGCCAGCUGCGGAACAUCCACAAGCUGCGCGCGUGGGCCUUACCAGACGUUUUACAUGAUAAAUACCAUCACGACACGAAUGAUGCGAAAGAAAUUGCGGAUUUCAUGCUCCCGAUGUUGGAGCUGAACCCCGAAAAGCGAGCGGACGCCGGCGGCAUGGCGAACCAUAAGUGGCUCGAAGACGCAAUGGGUCUCGAGAAUGUCCAUAUUGAUCGAGAGGUCGGAAGCACUGGUGUUGGUAUCGAGGGAUGGGCUAGUGAGGCCCGGCGGAGUUAAUUCUGCUUACCACCAUCAAUUUUCUGAUCUUUGAGAAAAAUAUACUAUUGUCAGAUACUUGCAUCCCUUUCUUGGUUUUU